AUGCCACGUAAGCUACGUAAGAAUAUACGUAAGAGGAAGAGAGCAUUGAAACAUCCAAUAGUAAAACUGACACCACAACAACAGUUGCAACAACAAAUGCUGAAUGACCCCACUAUGUUGCAACAAAUGUCAAGCAAUCCUAUGCUUUUAAACCGAGUCAUUGGUGCACAGAGUGGAGGUUUAAGAGCGGCACUUUUAGCGAAAAUGGCAGGCUAUGGUGGAGCUGCAGACGGAACAGCUUAUAACCCUCAAAGUCAAAUGAAUUUGAGUUCACUCAAAAAUCAAAUAACAGAUGUCAAAAAGUCAAACAUAGACAUACAGAAACAAAUAAGCGAAAACGAAAAGAAACUAGAAUAUGACAGACAGACAAAGAAACUCAAUGAGUUAAACGUAGAGAAAAAGAAGAAAGAAGAACAACUGAAAGAACUAAGUACAGAGGAAUAUGCGAAAAAAGUGUCAGAAAAAGCAGCAGAAGUAGCAAAAAUGGAACAAGAUGUCAUAAAUUUGAAAAACCAUACUACUCAAUAUAAAAUACUGAAAGAUGAAGAGAUAAAACAAAAAGCCCUGAAGACAUAUAUGGAUAGCGAUGAGUAUAAAAAAGAAGUUGAAGCAAAUGUAAAGGCAGAAAAACUUUUACAGUUGCAAAACCAAACCGUACAGUAUGAAAACUUAGCACAAGAAAGUAAAAAUAACGACGCAGCCAUGCAAAAGGCAAUGAAAAGUGCAGAAUAUAUAAAAGCUAACAAUGACUGGUUAGAUGCCCAAGCCAACGCUAAAGCAGCCCAACUCAUAGGGUCAAUAAGGACAAAAAUACAAGCGGAUGAAGAUAGUUCAAAUGAAGCUUUAACAAAUGCUGACUUUAAGAACGCUUUCGAAGCUCUUCAUAGUAAGGUGAAACAAGUGAACGACUUCUCAUCUGGAAAGAAACUGAAGUCUGAAGGUUUCGACAAAGAGUUAAAAGAAGUAG